CGCAAAUCGUUGUCGCGGGGAGGGUGAGCCGCAUGCGCAGUGCUCGUACAGGGCGGUUUUCCGUUGGGAUUGCUCCUGGCCCCCUCACGGUAGUGACACUGCCGCCUACUCCUCCCUCUUUCUAAUGUUAGAAAGACGACGAGCUCGAGGUGGUCGGUGUGUCCGGCGGAGAGUGAACUGCGGGCGGAUGCUUCAUCUGAAAAAGCAGAUGACAUUAGCAACAAGAUGUGAGGUGCUUGGUCUUUAUCGAAGAAUUUUCAGAAUAGCAAGAACAUGGCAGUCACUAUCGGGACAAACAGAGGACACUUUGAAAGAAAAAGAUUACAUCAUCACAGAAGCCAGAACAUUGUUCAAAAAAAAUAAAAAUUUAACAGAUGCAGAAGCAAUUAAAAUCUGCAUACAGGAAUGUCAAACAAGGAUAGAAAUGGGACUACAUUACAGAAUUCCAUAUCCCAGACCAAUACAUUUGCCUCCUAUGGGACUUGCUGAUAAAAAGGGACGUAAAUUUAAACUGCAAGAAAGGCUGAGAAAAAUUGCUAAACCAGUUUAUCUACAAUCACACGAGGAGAUGUAAUGGUGGCUGGGAUCAUCUACUUUUAAACUGUUUUCUUUGAUCACGUGAAUAUGAUUUAUUGCUUGUGGUUUAUAUUGUACUUUAUUUCUGAAAGUAAAAUUUCUGUUCUGAAAAGAAAAUGGCCUCCAGCAAACUGUUUGAAUCAGGAAGUUUCUACAAUUAUUAGAAUGUAGAAAAUCCUGAAACAAAGUAUUUUUCAGUUAAUUUAUUUAAUGUUGAAAAGUAUUUUCAAUGCAAAAGCACAUAGGGUUCUUGUAGCACAGUGAUAAUAUCCUUCCUCUGAGCUAGGAGGCUCAAGUUAGAAGUGUGUAGGAACAUCUCUGAACAGAUUGAUUAAAGAAUAUCUAAGAAACAUUUUGAUACAUUGACCAAAGAACAAUUUCCUGUGCUAUACUAUUUUGUCUGAGCAUUUCUGGGCCUCUGUAGUAUGAGAGUAGUAUAGUGCAGUGGAAAAGCAAAUCUGUUACUGAGGAUUUGCAUAUUGCUUUUGGGUCAGUUUCCUUGAGGCUCCAUAUUUUGUGCAAUAUAUACUCAAAAAUCAGUGUUAUCACUAGGUUGUAGUACUUUGACUUUUUUUUCCCCUCGGUGCUUCAACUUUAUUCAUUCUUAGGGCAUGAACACCAUUGUCAAUGCCAGCAUUUAUUCAUGUCCCUGGUAGCCCUUGAGACAGUGGAUCUUAAUGUUGAAGUCCAAGCGUCAAAGUCCCCACAAUGCUGUUAGAAGCUGAAGGCUUCAAGUGUGACUGUAGCAGUUGCUGCCAUGAUGAAAAUCCGCUGACCUCUGAUUCAUUAACUGCUCUCUGGUUAGGUUUGGUUUUUGGAUUAGAACAUGUGGGAAACUUGAAGCUGUCCAGAUAAUUGCCUGAUUGCUUCCCAGAGAGAAGCAACAUAGCUUCUCCAGCCAAAGAAGGGAAGGGAAAGUACAGUACAGGACAGGACGGUACGGUGUUGUAACUCAUUCAUCUCUGACUCGUGACUUUUGUCAAACACAAAUAAUUUUAUUUUAUUAUCAUUACUUUAUAUAUCAGAGUAAUGAACAGUGUACAAAAGAUGCUUUUUGACAUAAUAAUAUUUACUUCUACUUUCCAGUUUUCAAGGUGAAUAUACCUGAUCAAUUCUCCUUUUAAUCAUCCAAUUGGCAAAGAGCUGCCACACCACGAUUUAUCCAAUGCUGUUCUGCUUUAUCUGAAGAAAGCUCUAUUGAAAGUACAUAAUUUGUUGAAUGGCCAGUUGUGGAUAAGGUACCUCUGCGUGCACUGGUUUUGUACACUGGACAGAAAUAGACAUUCUGAUGCAGAAAUGUUGCACUCACUCCUGGUUUAAGCCAGAUAAUGGGCAUAGAAUCAAAUAAAAUUUUAGGUAAUGACUCCCCAAUGACCAUAUUUUCUCUAUCCCAGCGAGCACCUUCUAAAAACAGACCCUUAACAUAAGCUCCAUCUUUUGGCUUUUGGUGCAUAUCAUUUUCUUCUUUCAUGACCUAGAAAAUGUGAGAGAAACAAGUCUAAGGUAAUAUGAUUCUGUAAAACUUAAGCCAUUUUGGCUACAUGCCAAGGAUAACAAUCUUGCAUAAGAAAAAGAACACUUGAAUGCAAAGAAAAAUACGUUUGCUGAAUACUUUAAAAACAUUUUUUGAAGAGGGAUGCGAAGAUUAAAUGUAAACUUGAUCAAAACUGUAAAGGAUCAAAUAUCCUAUUAGUAUGUAUUACCUAAGUUUAUAAUAGAAAGUGAUUCAAGCAAGGAUUCCAUCUUGGAGAAAUAAUUUGAGGGAAAAAUAUAGAAGGAAAGGGAAGGAGAAGCCUAGAGCAAGAACAAUGCUUACCUCAAAUUCAAACCCAAUGUGAUCAAUGGGUAUCGUAUAUUUUCUUGCAUAAUUCUGAGAGACACCAGUCAAAAAAGAUUGAGUAAAAUAGAAUCCAGAUAACCAAAAUACAUUGGGUGGUCCUUUAUUAAUCCAUUCCUG